AGAGCCAGAUAACGGUGAUGAGGACCAGACGGGGAUACCAGACCUCUCUCCGCAUUUUUUCACUUAUUGUGUGUUUUCUCGAUCUGCGCUGCUCCAUCUAGUCUUCAGCUGGAAUCUUUUUUAAGUUGUCUCUGCCUGUAUACCGGCGCGCCUUGAGACCUCCGCCCUUUUUCUGUAUACCAAGAGGAUUUUUUUUUUUUUUUUUUUUUAGAGAUUUCAUGCCUCUUUUUUUAUUUUCUCUUGCAGCCUUAUGUCUGAGUCGAGAUGUUCUGUUGGGAAAUCCUCACCAUGAUGACACCGGAUAUGUUCUGACUGAUGAGAUUUUCUCUGCACCACUCAGCUUUUAGAGAGAAAAAAAUCAAACAUGCAUCACAACCAGGAGGAGCAGUCGGUAAAUCCAAUUACUGCGCAGCUCGGGACGACGCACAACAGUGACUCCAGCAGCCUGGAGAGCAGCAGCGACCUGCAGCCACCUGCUUACUCCAAACUGGAGUUUAAGAGACAUGCUGUGACGGAUGACUACAAAAUAACAGCUCAGGUCCUCGGCCUGGGAAUCAAUGGCAAAGUGCUGGAAUGUUACUGCAAGAAAACAGGAGAGAAAUGUGCCCUGAAGAUCCUAUAUGAUACUCCUAAAGCCCGACGGGAGGUGGAGCUGCACUGGAGAGUGUCCGGAGGUCCCCACAUCGUACGAAUCCUCAGCCUGUAUGAGAACAUGCACAAGGGCAAGAAAUGUCUCCUCAUUGUAAUGGAAUGUAUGGAGGGAGGGGAGCUGUUCAGUCGCAUUCAGGCCAGAGGGGACCAGGCCUUCACAGAGAGAGAGGUGUCAGAGAUCAUGCAUGACAUCGGCAUGGCCAUAGAGUACCUCCACCACAUGGACAUCGCUCACAGGGAUGUAAAGCCUGAAAACCUGCUCUACACCACCAAGGAGAGCAAUGCCACACUGAAGCUGACUGACUUUGGUUUUGCUAAGGAGACAACACUGCACAACUCGCUCCAAACUCCCUGUUACACUCCAUAUUAUGUCGCACCAGAAGUGCUUGGUCCAGAGAAAUAUGACAAAUCAUGUGACAUGUGGUCUUUGGGCGUAAUUAUGUACAUCCUGCUCUGUGGGUUUCCUCCGUUCUACUCAAACACAGGUCAGGCGAUCUCUCCAGGCAUGAAGCAGAGGAUCAGGUUGGGCCAAUAUGAGUUUCCCAACCCUGAGUGGGCUGAUGUUUCCGAGGAAGCCAAACAGCUCAUCAUCCAGCUGCUGAAGACUGACCCCAGUGAGAGGAUGACCAUUGGACAGUUCAUGAACCAUCCUUGGAUCAGUUCGAUGGUGGUUCCUCAAACACCUCUGCACACCUCUCGUGUUCUGACAGAGGACAAGGAGUUGUGGGACGACGUCAAGGAGGAAAUGACCAGCGCCUUGGCCACCAUGCGUGUGGACUACGACCAGGUGAAGAUCAAAGACUUGGACACAUCCAACAACCCACUGCUGAACAAGAGACGCAAGAGGCCGGUGCCUGGAGGAGCCGACAGAGCAGAAGACGCCGAUGGCGGGGACGGAGAAGGAAGAGCGGUGUGUAACAGUCAUAGAGAGGUGACGUUUUCUGAAGAGCAUGGGGAAAUGAUUAUUGGACAGAAGUAGUAUUAAAGUCAGAGGAAGCAAUAUUUUCCCAUCUGCAUAUCACUUAUUGUACUUGUUCUUCUUGCCACCGCACUCAAUAGUCUAAAGAAUGUCAUUUAUUUUUACCUGUUACUACAAUAACAAAUUUAAAUAAAAUUUUGUUUUUUAUGUUUUACAA